AUAGACAACCACUGUGGCGUCGUUCGAGCGGAUAUUGUUUAUGAUCGACAUUUUCUAAAUCUUUAGAAAAUUUAGAUUUAGGACGUAAUUUUUAUCAAAAUUCCGUCUAAUUAGUUGUUAUUUUAUGCAAACAUUAGUGCAUUGAGUACGUUUUCUGAAAUUGAAUCAAAUUCACACCAAACUGUGGCGUAUGAACGUUAUGUGUAUGCCAAUAAGGCUAAAGUUUUUUUCGCGACCAUUAUAGCGGGAAAUCUACGUUGUGACGCGCACAAACCGAGAUUAUUCGUCCCGAGCGCUGGCGGAGUGUCGUAACAGCACGGUUAUGUGGCCAUUUAUAUUUUGACAGUGGACUCGUGAUAAAAAUUGUUUUAUUUGACAAUGUCUGAGGAAAUGGCGGUGUCUGAUAACACAACUGGGGAUGAAGCUAAAGUUAGCAACGAUGAGCAACCAGCGGCACCUGUGGUGGAGCCAGAGGAGGUAGCGACAGGAGAGCCGAGCGAGCCUGUUGCUCCUGUUGUGGAGGAGCCCCCAGCGAUGGAAGAAGAUGCCCCGGAACCUGAGAAGGAACCAGAACCAGAGAUUGAAGAAGAGAAACCAGCAGUCAAAACCGAACCUUUGACCGAGGAGAUAGAUAUACCGCUGGAGACUCUCCACACUGACGUGGAUCUCAAGAAGGAGGAACUGGAGGAUGUGAAAGAUGAAUUUGAGACCUUCGAGCAUAAUAUUGAGGAAGAUAUCAAGAGAGGGAUCAAACGGAGAGCCUCGUCAGCUUUCAGUGACAAUGGUGAUGAAGACUUCAAAGGCUUUGACGAUAUCAAAAUUGAAAUCAAGACUGAGGACUACAGUCGGGUUUUGGAACGGCUGGAAGCGGAGGUGACUGAAGCGAGCAAGGACCUGGUGCCCUUAAGGACUGUGAUGGCUGCCCCUGGUAAAGCCUCCAAGCGACCACGCAAGGAUACUGAUGGAUCCAGACCAUCAUCAGCCUUAUCUUCAAGAUCUGACGACGGAGGGACCACUGAUCCAGCAUUCAAAAUUGAGGUUCAAAUCAGACGAAGAAAGGUUAGCGCGGCGUCAUCGCCUGCGCACCGCGGCGGUCGCCGGUCGACCAUAGAGAUGUCGUCACCCCUACUGCGAGUGCCGCUGGAGCGCGGCUGGAAACGCGAACUCGUGUACAGGGCCGCGCUGGAUGCGCACUCGAGGCGGAAUGCCGACAUCUAUUACUAUACGCCUUAUGGCAAGAAGCUGCGGUCUACUAGAGAGGUAGCAGAACACUUAGCUGGUACUGGCCUGACUGUGGAGAACUUCUCCUUCUUCAAAGAACCACUGGGCGUUGAUGAUCCCGAGAAGGAAAUUAUCAGAGACGCCAAACUGAUUCGUCGAGUGGACUCCCCGAUAGCGGCCACGGUGCCCCCAGCACAGGUGGAGGGCAAGAGGACCCCCAAACCGAAGCCCCCCAAGGGAGCGAGCCCUGAACCUGUCGCCCCCGCCGCCACCACCGCCACCACCACUACCACUGCUACCGCUGCCGCUAAAUCACCUCCGGCUAAGCUAAAGGUAAAAUCAAUGGGCUCCCGCCUCAGCAACAACGCAGCUCCUGCGGCACCAACCCCACCAGCAAAGCAACAGAAAAAACCGCAACCAGCCGAGCAAAAACCCCAACCGGCGCAACAACCAGCAACAACGCCGAGCAACACUGACAACAACAACUCUGCUGCCUGGAAGAAACCGAGUGACGACAAGAGACGCGGUCGCGUGGCAAACGGCGCUGCGUCUCCGCCCACCGCGACGAUGUCGCCGCGACGUCGCGGGCGGCAGCGCGCCGACGAUACCGACCACUUUACUGCCUUCUAUAAUAAAGCGCAGGAGAGGAACUACAAUGUAGUUGUACAGAUCUUCCAGUACCUAGGCAUGCGGGACCUGGCCCACUGCGCGCGUGUGUGCAAGCUGUGGCGACAACUGUCGGCCACGCCCGCGCUCUGGAGGCACGUUAGGAUGAAGAAUUCACAUGUGAGUGACUGGGGAGGGCUAUGCGCAGCGCUGAAACGGCACGGCACGAAGAGACUAGACCUGCGCAAGAUGUUACUGCCGCAGAACGACACCGUCUUCUGGGAACAGUUCGCCGAACACAUCUCCACAGUCGACACGCUCGAGAGGAUAGAGAUGUGUCGCUGCCCGGCCCGCGCCGUGGAGGCGGUGUGCCGCGGGCUGCCGGGGCUGCGCGCGCUGUCGGCGCUGGCCAUCCGGGACGCGCUGCUCGACCCCUCGCCGCUGGCAGACCUGCCUCUACUGCACGAGCUGCGCCUCAAGAGCAUGGCCGGCCUCUCGCUCACGCAGGACCUGCGCCAUCUCGCCUCGCUCACCAAGCUGCAGCACUUGUCGCUCACUAGCAUCAAGGAGUUGGGCUGGUGUGCAUGCGACGUGAUCGGGUCCCUGGAGGGUCUGGAGUCGCUGGAGCUGGGCGAGUGCACGUUCGGCGCGUCGUUCGCGGGCGUGCUGGCGCGGCUGGCGCGGCUGCGGCGCGUGCGCCUGGAGCGCGGCACGCCGCACUGCGCCGCGCCCGCCAUCCUGCGCGCGCUGGCCACGCGCCCGCUGCUCACGCGCCUCGAGCUCGUCAACAUCGACGUGAAGCCCGGCUUCGACGACGCGCUGGCCGCCUGCAGCAACGUGCAGCGCCUGCUCAUCAUCCCCACGUACGUGUCGCAGUCGGCCACCACCAACCGCCAGGUGCUGUCGGGCGUGCUGCGGCUGAGCGCGUCGCUCACGCACCUCAUGUGGGGCGUCACCAUCGAGCUGCUGCGCGUCACCGAGCUGUUCAUCGACCAGUGCGAGCAGGCCGGCGAGCCCAAGCGGCGCGACGUGGGCGAGUGCAUCCCCGUGCUGAAGCCGGUGCCGGGCUGCAGGCUGCCGGCGGAGCACGCGGGCCCGGCCGGCCCCCCGCAGGUGGAGAUCCUGCCGCUGCCCACGCUGCAGCGCCUGCUGUCGCAGCAGCUGCCCCACACCAAGCUCAAGCUGCUGCGCAUCCCCUUCCACGCCACCUGGCGCCAGUCGCUCGCCGACUUCCAGUAACAUACUACUUACCGUGUACAUACUUAUAUCACUAGAUAUAUGACUAUAUAUUGUUGUAACUGCCCGACAAGUUAAUGCACACUAACUCACGCCCUCGUUAACUGAAUAUAAGCUAAAAACAAUAAUAUCUUAGCUUGGAAUUGAAUUUAUAAACAACUACAAUUUACUAAACCUUGUUAUGUUAUUAGAUUUUAAACAGAUUACUAAUGGUUCGUCAAUAUAAUAGGGAAAUCUAUUUUGUAAAAUAUGAAAAUAGAGAAACAUAGUAUAUUGUACUAUAUGUAGUUGGAAUAUAGCCUUUGAACGCUAAGAGAUAUUUGUAGUGAACAUACAGUUGGACUAUACCUGUUGUAAGGUUAACGCAAGCAAUAAAAAAGCUAGACGACUCAUAUUAUAUUAGACAUGUAAUUAUUACAAACUGGGCUUUGGAUUCACUGGGGAAUAAUAGAAGCAAGGUGUGGGUCGCUAGAAACUCUAACCAUCUUUAGCGGACUUUACCCAACAAUCAGUCGUGGACGCUACUCAUGAAUAAGAGUCCCAAUAUAACUUGAAAAUAGUAGAGCUUUUCUCAAACAGUUCACGUGAAGGAUUAUUUUCCAUUAAUUUAGUAUUCCUCAAGAUAGUUAUUACCAUUCUCGAGUUUUAAAUGUUAUUUAUAUACGCGGAUUAAUGUUUUGUCCCCCCACUUACUAAAUUUUAUCCCCCAGUGACUCCAAGUCUAGCGUUCAAUACCAGUAUAUCCCGUAUAUCGCCUUACAAAGAUAUUUUACAUUAGAGGUAGCAGAGAAUAUAUUAUGUACAUAAAUAUUAGUAUAUAGGGGCUCACAGCGGUCGAUAUCUACCAUAUUAUACUAGUAUAUUAUAUUUUAUUAUAUUAUACAUUAUAUUUAUUUAGUAUACAAUCGUUAUAAACUUGUUUUGUGACUUCUCUUGGUAAUCGAACUUGGGAUCUUGCGGAAUAUCUUAUUUUCAGUAAAAGACUGUUCUCACACUGAGUAAAUGUGAGUUUUAAUCACAAGUCGUAUUGGCAACCAAAAUCAUAAGUAGAAAAUGCAAGGCCAGGUUUCCUCACGCUACUUACCUUCAGUGUUGCCUAAAUAAUCUCGGAAAGUACUUUUAUGCCAUGGGUAGCCCGAUAUCUUACCAUCGGAUGAAUCGUCUGCUCGUUUAUCUUACUAAUAUUAUAAAUGCGAAAGUUUGUGUGUGUAUUUGUUACUCAAUCACGUCAAAACGGCUGAAGGGAUCGGGAUGAAAUUUGGAUCAAGCAUUUAUUAUGGUCUUUUUUUUUGAGGGGGAAAUCAUCCAAUUACUUCUCCCGCCUUGGGCGAGGUGAGAGGGAGUGCCAGACUCUUACUGACUAAAAACCACCCCGUUCCUUCUCCUGCUUUUCGAGCCGGAGCCCCGGUAAACCCGCUAGGUAGUCCGCAGCUCCGGAUUUAUUAUGGUCUGGAGUAACAUAUAGGAAAAAAGGAUCCCUGUGUUCACUUUUACCAAGAUAAGUUGCAUAAUUAGUAAAUAUUUAGAUAAAACAAUGACGUUAUUGUACCAACCGGUACUUGUUACAAUAUAGUACAUAAUAUAUACUGCGGGUUAGGUAAUUCACGAGUUAUUUUUAACUAUAUUAUACAUUAUACAACGCUUGCUUUGUUAACCAGACAGAUCCGGGCUCAUGGCUAGUCUCAAAAACCUAUAUUUCUGUUGAUAUGUGUACUAGAGAGAGAAUUUUGACAUUUUGUAUGUAAUGAAUGUUAAAUAUCUUUCUUUAGUAGAACAAUCUACAGAUAAAUAGGUUGUUGAGUCUGCAAAGUUAGAAAUAAAUACCUGAGGGCUUAGUGCGAGUUUGCUUUACGUUUAAAGUAAUCGAAACGAGAUCGCAUUCGGCGCUCUGAUUGGUUGGUUCAUUCGCACCGGCCAAUCACAGCGCCGAACGCGCUCUCGUUUCGUUUUCGUUCAACGUAAAACAAAUUCGUACUAGGGUUACUAAUCUCAAUACGAAAUGUUUAGGUUGAGGUAGUGUUUUGAUAUUAAUUCUAUUGAGUUAUAUUAAAAACAUAGAUUCAAAAAUAUGAUGUAUUGGGAUCAGGUAUUCAUUUCGGCCUAAAGUGUUACUCUUUAUUACUUUUUGAUAGGUAAUAGACCUUUGAUUUUGUUAUAGAUUCAAAUAUUGCUAUCUCUUGUUAACAGGUUAUGUAAAAAAGAGAUAGAAAUCUUAGUCCGAUUUUAGUUAUAACAAUUGACCAUUGAAUUUUGUUAUUCCCAAAUGUCAACAGACGUCUACCUGAUAAAUUGAUGCUAAAGAUUAAUUAUUAUGUCAAUAUGUACAUCAGAAAGGGCUAAACAAGUCAAAAUAAACUACAAAACAGUUCCAGAACACCGUAUUCUAAUAAUGUGUCUUAAUUCGCUUACAUAGAACUCAUAUUCGUAUUGGUACAUAAAUAGAUAUAUUUUUUAUAAUAACAAUACUUUCAAAACACCAAUUUGAAAUGCCCUACAAUGUAAAUGAAGUACUAGGUUAAACUAAUGGGGAGUUAAUAGUUUUAUUAAAGAAAAACACAUAUAUAAUUAUUAUAUUAUAUUAAAAAAUGUUUUAUUACUAAGACUUGUACAUAUUCUCUAAGGUAUAGUGAUCAGUGCCUAAAAUUGAUUUAUAUUUCGGUCAUAGGAGGCGUGGUUUGUUUUAGAAAGGUUUUCUUUUAGUUUUGUAAUUGCACAUCUUAUAUAGAGUUUCUGUUUUCAAGCCAAUAGUUAUGUACAGUCAGCCAAUGUGUUUGGUAUCCAUAAGGAGAAUAAAGGUAAGCGUCCACAGACCCGCAUCGUACGCAUUCCGUAUGACGUCAUUAGUACGCAUCGCAUGUAGGCAUUGCUGAUGAUGUGGUCCGUACGAUGCGGAUCAGUGGAUGCAGUUGUAUGAGUUUCUAUACAAGACAAACUAAAUUCCGUUGCGUGCGAGGCGUACGAGCUAGCCUGUGGACGCGUACCAAAGAUUCGGUAUAGAGACAGAAGCUAUUAAUUGACUACUGACGACCGGGGUUUAAAUAAUCUUUCUAAAAUCAUUGGAUUUAGAUCGAUUUUUAAGGUUGCUUCUAUAGAAUUAUGUUAAAAACCAAGAUUGAUUCAGAGAUUUUAGAUGUAAGAGGCUAUUUUGGUCGUCAGUUACCAAUAGUUUCAUUUAAAAGCAUUCAAUUUAAUAUAACAAUAGCUACUGUCUCUGUACUAUCGACAUUAUUACUUCAAAAUAAGGUUGAAAAUCUAUCAGCAGGUUUAAUUUUGACAUUUAUCUGUAAACCGAAGUAAAGAAAUGCCCAAGUGAUUCCAAAAAUCUAAAAUUAAAUUAUAUCGUUCGGCAAGUAAUGUUAGGAUGAAGACUGAGUCACUUUUAAGGCUAAAAAGUAAGGAAUUUUUAAGAUAUUUUUAAAGAAAUUAUGUAAGAAUGUCUUGUACGUACGAUUGCUCAUCGUGCUAUGCAAAGCCAGUGUAAGCCGACCGUUAAUUGUUCAUUAAGAUCAUAUAAAGUGAGACCAUGAUUAGUUUACUGGUUUUGUAUAGCCCGAUGUGUACCCAAGAUCCUUUAUAUUAGAUGUGCAAUGGUUACUGUUUGAAAGCAGUGGAACUUGCUUCUAUAAUGUAGCGAUUUCUUCUACUUGCAAACUGAUAAGGGAAUGCUUAGUUGGGGAUUAGACACAUGGAUUUUAUUUCAAAUAAUAAAAAAUUACGUCUGAUCAAGAUUUUUCAAGUUUGGCUGCAAAUUAGUAAUAAUUUUCUAUCAUUUUGGUCCGAAAUUUUGACUAGACAUAAAAUAUUAUUUGAACAUAAAACACAUGUGUCUAGUUUCAAAUUAAACUUUGGUUUUUAUUUAAUUAGUAGUAAAAUUAUGUGGCAAUGUUUUAAAUAUAUUAUUAUUUUUUAGUCUUGUAUAUGCGAAGUACAAGCUUGCGUGUACGUCGAUGCGUCGGUGUCUUGGACAGACAGAUUAUAUUAAGUAAUCGUGAAUUUAUUUUUAUACAGAGACAAAGACAAAAAGGUAUUCGGUAUUACAUAGCAUAUGUGCUGUGCACCUCUGCCUACACCUUCCAGGAUUAAACAAGGCGUGAUGUUAUGUAUUUUCCUUCCAAUCAAAAGUAAAAUGUAUAAAAUUAUGUUGACUAUACAAUAUUAUCAUUAUGAACAUAGUAUUUCGUUUGAGCGAGACACCGAAGCAUCUCGGUUAUAAGAAUACCGCGUGGGCUAUGAAAAUAUCUAUAUUAAUUGCGGGAUUAUAUUACUUUCAACAUUUAACUAACACGCCUGAGCAUAUAACCAAAAUCACGAUCUCAGAAAAACUAUCGACACCUGACUUUAUAAUCUGUCAAAAUGUCACUCUGUCACCUGAUUGGUUGAUUAAAACGUGUAAUUGGCCAAUCACGAGAGAGGGCGUGGCGUUUGGUAACAGAUUAUAAAACGCAGGUGUCAUAGAUUUUUCUUUUUAUGGUUUAGUGGCGUUUUUUAAAUUAUUUUUAUUGCGUUUGAGGCUUCAGAGUGUAUUUGUGACAAUAAAAUAUUUAUUUUACUGAUUAUAACUUCAUUAUGAAUGUGGUAUUUCUUGUGAAUUUACUGUAUGAGUAAAUUAGUUCAUUUUUCUAUUAUUUUCGUAGUAAAAUAAAAUGUUCACUUAUAUCUCCGAAGCCUAAAGCUGAGAUAAUUAUUUAACGUUAGCGUGGCUUGAUAAAACUAUUUGUUUUAGGGACAAGACAGAAAACCAGGUUUUCGCUAUGCGAUUUAUACCUUAUAUAUAAUUAUGGGAAUUAAUGUGAACUUCUUUCUAUAUAUUUAGCAUGUUUGGACCAGGAUGCACUGUAUCUUCGCAAGUACAUCUACAAAGUAUUGGAGAAACUAAGUUUAUAUACAAUUGUUGUAAUUGUUAAUUAAAGCCAAUUGAAUUGGUGAAAGUUUCUUCAAAAACUAUGUAGUUAAAACUUAGUUCUAUUCACUAUAUACCUGCUUACAACCGAGAAUGGUGCAACUUGAUCGAAAGUCUAAAUCAAAUUUAAAGAAAAAUCGCAUUAUAGCUACGUAAUGUUUCAACAAAAUGUACAUAGUUACAUACUAUAGAUUAAGCUAUGCAAAAUCAAUAUAAACUGAUACUUGAAUGUGUGGAUAGUUCAGACACAGCUAGACCAAGUAAAACUGGUAUUGCAUACCUUAAUAAAUAUUGUUCAUCAAAAGCCUCGCUAUGUAUUGUUUAAUUAUCUCAGCUCCUUUAUAUACUGACUUAGGAUUAACACCAUGACUUGUGUUAAAGCAUAGCUUUUUUAAAUAUAAUUUAGACUCUGUAGUCUAUUGUUAAUAAUCUCUUAAAGCUUCUUGUAAACUAGUUUAUAAUUUUGGCGGGAUUGCCCUCGGUGACUUUAAGUUUGUGUAAAAAAUGUAAAUGAUGAUAAUUACGUGUGUUGUGGGUAUCACAACUUGAUGUUAUGUGUAGGAUUGUUCUAGAUACUUGUUUUAAGUCUAGAAUUCUCCGUACCUAUUUUUAUUUAUUCAUAAUUUUAGUUCAGUUUAUUUUACCAAAAGGUGACUUUGCUGUACAUAAAUUAUUUAAAAAUUGCAGACCAAAUCAUGUUUAUUUUUUCAUUCUUUUGCCUAUUUGCUGUCUUAAUUGAUGGGAUCAAGGUUCAAUUGCUGUCGAGGAAUGCAUGUAACCUCAAGUUGGUAUUCCGUUGGGUUGUUGUGGGCCGCGACGCAGGAUCUAUUGUAUAAUUAGGUUUAUAUAGGUUUAAAGACAACUUUGCUACUAAGCAAGGGCGACUUGUGAAUAAAUGGUUGCCGAUA